UAUAGAUUUUGCUAGAGUUAUAAUUACUAGAAUGUUAUGUGGAUGAGCCUUUGAUUCUGAAAGUGAUUUAAAUCAGAGCUUCAGUCCACCAAUAUCUGGUUUUUGAACAUUUUAUUCAGGCUUAGGAUAUGAAAAGUUUCAAAUAUGAAGUCAGCAGCUUUGGAUUGAUUGUGUCCUUGAGCAUGAGACAAUGGUUCCUAUCAACAAUUUACCAUAACGUAAUGGAUAAUGAAGCAAUGAGGAAUCUAAUUGGAUCCAUCACUAGGCAAAACUGAAUUAAGCUGAAUUGGAUCAGUAUGUUGUGAAAUCCAUAACUGUAGAAGAAUGUAUAUGAAACAGAAGAAUAUGCUUUUGACAAAAUGGGUUUGAAACAUAAUGAAUUCCAAAAUAAUUCUCAUUUGCAACAAACUAUAUGAAUUAGUAGAUUUAGCAGAAAAUUAAAAUCAAACUUUUGAUCUAGGCAGGUUGCUGCCAGCAAGUUUCUUUUCAACUUCACUGCUCAAAAUUAAUGUUGGCAUUAAAAGCAUUUUACAAUCCAGAUGACAGAUGUUAGAUGUGGAACAUUCUGCAUACUGACAGCUAGAGCUGCUCGUGUCCAUAAAGACCAUAAAUUGACUUCUUUCCAUCUGCAUUCUUUGACUGUGUGUAACAUCGCUCGGUCUGUAAUCCCUGGUUAAUGUGGAAGUUCAGCGAAAGGGAAGAAACAUCAGUGUUCAUUCUGAAAUAUCAGUUCAUACACUUUCAUGGAAGUUAAUUAAUUUAAUGAGAACAAGGCACCGAAAUGAGCACCUGGUAAAGUUUUCAGCUCUGCUGUAGUAAGGAAUCCCACAGCUAAAGCUACAUGGCAGCAGUGAUGGCGUAUCAGCUGUACCAGAACACGACGCAGGGGAACAGUCUGCAGGAGAGCCUGGAUGAGCUGAUCCAGUCCCAGCAGAUCACCCCUCAAAUGGCUCUCCAGGUCCUGUUACAGGUUGACAAACCAAUCAACAACGCCUUGGCGCAGAGAGUACGCAAUCGAGUCAACUUCAGGGGCUCUUUGAAUAUGUGCAGAUUCGGUGAUAAUGUAAGGACAUUUGUCCUGAACGAUGUGGAAUUCCGAGAGGUUACUGAACUCGUCAAAGUGGAUAAAGUGAAGAUUGUAACUUGCGAUGGCAAAAACACUGGUUCGAAAGCUGCAGAGUGAUUUGUCACCAAUGAAGGCCUUUUGCUGAAGCAGCAUCCAGACUAGAUGUAUUGUGAUUGAUUCAGCUGUUUUGGACAGCAGUUGGCUGAUCUCUAACUGCUUCAUGAAACAAAUAAUGGGGUAUAAGUGUA